AAUUUAUUAUGUAACUUUUAAUUAGUUAAUUAGGAUUUAAAAAAAACAUAAGAAAAUUUAGUCUCAUGGUGGUAUGUAUGCUUGUGCUUGGUGUGAAGGAGAAUGUGAACUUUUUGGUGGGUUGACAAGAACAUUUUUAUCAUUGGAUCUAUGGCAUCGGAGAUAUAUGGAAGCUGGUUAUCGAAGUUCUGAAAUGAAAGAUUAUAAGAAUGUGGUGAAUGUAUGCCCAAUAAAGGAGAGAAACAAGUCAAAACUAGUUCUUGAAGUCAUUCCUUUGCCGGAGCUUCAUAUGUUAAUGGGAUUUGUAAAUCAUAUAUCAACUUAUAUAAUUUUUUAUUGGCCUGAAUACAAGGACUGGGUCAACUCACUUGGAUGUAUUAGAAGAGGAUACCAUGGGGGAACAUAUGAAGGCAAUACAUGUAGGAUUAUUCCUAAAAACUGUGAACAGCUUUCACUAAGGCUACCAAUUGAACUCUUAUCACUUCUAUGUCCAAUGAAAAAAUUUGAGAAAUUAGUUCAAGGAACCUUCGGAAGUUACCUUAACCCUUGUUAUCUUCAACUAAUAACUGACUUUGGUUGUUCGUACAAAGCCACACAGGAGUAUUGUUCAGAGGUACAGUUAAUUAUAAUGAACUUGCUUUAAAUUGACUUUUAAUAUACUAUUAUUAUUAUCUAUCUUAUAGAAUAUUUUAUUAGUUUCUAGAAAAGAAACUUACUUUGACCUGGAAAAUACAUAUAAUCUCAGCUCACUUGCAACAAUUUAUUGAACUUACUGGUCAUUCUCUUGGACGAUACAAUGAACAGGCAUCUGAAUCGGCUCAUUCAAAAAUGAAGCCAAUAAUUGCACGAUUCAAUGUUUCACAAAUAAGCUCAAAGCACUCUCUUAGAAGCAGAAGAAUUGCUGAA